AUGCAGUGCCUGUGCAUCAAGCGGCCGUUCCCGCCCAUUCGCUGUCGGCUCGGGUGUGGCGAGUUGUUUGCCGGCGGGGCCCACGAGAUCCUCAAGUGCGAGGAGGACCGCCUGGAGCACGAGCAGGAGAUGUGUCCGAGGAGGAUGGUUAGAUGUCAUGUGAAGGGCUGCGCGGCGACGGUGCGCGCCAUGGAUCGACCGCGCCAUCGAAGAUUGCAUAUGUUAAGAGGUGGCAUCGCCUUGCACUGCGUGCCCGGUGCUUAUGAGUAUAAAGUCGCGAUGGGCCUCCGACAGCUCAAGGUGCAGCUCUGGGGCGGCGGCGGUGCAAGUGGUCAUUUGAAAGGG